AUGGUCUGGGCCUACUGUGGCUCCCACGGCGAUCGGAUCAAGUUCUCCCUGCUCCAACAACUCCCAUCAUGCUGUUCCAGCCACACACGGUCAGAGACUCCCACGCCGAUUGGACCAAGUUCUCCCUGCUCCAACAACUCCCAUGACGCUGUUCAAGCCACAUGCGGUCAGAGACUACUCACCUCCUCUCCAGAACUGACCGUUCGUUCCCGCCGGCACUAUGAGACUCCUUCCCAGCUUCUCGGGCCUUUUCCUGGAUCAAAACUCUGUGUCCGCCGAGUCUGGGUACUUUCCAGCUGCAUAGCUGACCUUUCACCUUACCGCAGCUUCCGGGUCAAUUCGUUUGCUUCCUGUAUCAGUCAAAUCUUCGAACCGUGA